AUGAUUACAGCCUCUACUCCUAUUAUAGCCUCUUUCGAACAUACUAUUUCGGAUAAUCACGAACAUCUUACGAAACCACUUACUCAAGAAGAAACAACUACAGUGUUAAGAAAACGAAACCGUAAACGGAAGCCUGAGAGCCGCGCCAAAAAGAAAGAACGACAAAUUGGACCAACUUGUACUUCCAAAGAAUGUUUUAGAGUUAAAUCAAAGCAGUGUUCGCAAAUAACACAAGAGCAGCGCUUAGAAAUUUUUAAAGCAUUUUGGAAUACCAUGAAUUGGGAGCAACGAAAAGUUUAUGUUGUUAAUCAUGUAAUAAGUGUACCCCGGAAACGUGUAUAUACCCAAAGUAAGUUAAGUCGCAGGCAUACCACAUUAAAUUACUAUUUAAGUAUCAGUAACGCCAAAAUACAAGUUUGCAAGAAGAUGUUUUUACAAUCAUUAUAUUUGGGUAAAUACUGCGUUAUGGAUUGGGUAAAGAAAGAGGUCGAAGCAGACAUGACUGCUUCUACUUUGGCUUUUUGUAUAAUACAGUAUUUGACUGAGCACUGUCAUAAUGUAGAGGGUAGCUUGAUAAUUUGUAACAAUGGAUGCACAUACCAGAACCAGAAUGUGGUGUUGGCAAACGCACUCUUGCAAUAUGCCGUGGAAAAAGGGAUUGUAAUUAUGCAGAAGUAUUUAGAGGUAGGACACACGCAAAUGGAAUGUGAUUCGGUCCACAGUUGUAUCGAAAGUCAGUUAAAGGGACGUGGCAUUCAUUUGCCAAGCGAUUUUAUACUAGAGACUAAAAGAGCACGAAAGAAUCCAUUUCCAUAUGAUGUCAAACAAUUGUUACUUUAA